GGAGCCGGAGCGCGAGCCGAGCGGAGGAAGAGACCCUGCGGCGCGCGGCGGCGGCUCCGGGCGGCCCGGGCCCGGCGGCGGCGCGGCUCUGGUUGGCUGAGCGCCGCGGGCCGCCCCCCGCCCACCCCCUCCCCGGCUCCCCUCCCCCGGCUCCCCUCCCCCGUCUCCCGCGGCGCCUGGCGUCGGGAAAGUACAGUAAAAAGUCCAAGCGCAGUCGCCGGGCUCAGGAUGGGAUCCGGCUCCUCCAGCUACCGGCCCAAGGCCAUCUACCUGGACAUCGAUGGACGCAUCCAGAAGGUGAUCUUCAGCAAGUACUGCAACUCCAGCGACAUCAUGGACCUGUUCUGCAUCGCCACUGGCCUGCCCCGGAACACGACCAUCUCCCUGCUGACCACUGACGACGCCAUGGUCUCCAUCGACCCCACCAUGCCCGCGAACUCAGAACGCACUCCCUACAAAGUGAGACCUGUGGCCAUCAAGCAACUCUCUGAGAAAGAAGAACUGAUCCAGAGUGUGCUGGCGCAGGUUGCAGAGCAGUUCUCAAGAGCAUUCAAAAUCAAUGAACUGAAAGCUGAGGUCGCAAAUCACUUGGCCGUGCUAGAGAAACGUGUGGAAUUGGAAGGACUAAAAGUGGUGGAGAUUGAGAAAUGCAAGAGUGACAUUAAGAAGAUGAAGGAGGAGCUGGCGGCCAGAAGCAGCAGGACCAGCUGCCUCUGUAAGUACAGUUUUUUGGAUAACAACAAGAAGUUGACUCCUCGACGUGAUGUUCCCACUUACCCCAAGUAUCUGCUCUCUCCAGAGACUGUCGAGGCCCUGCGGAAGCCGACCUUUGACGUCUGGCUUUGGGAGCCCAACGAGAUGCUGAGCUGCCUGGAGCACAUGUACCACGACCUCGGGCUGGUCAGGGACUUCAGCAUCAACCCCGUCACCCUCAGGAGGUGGCUGCUCUGUGUGCACGACAACUACAGAAACAACCCCUUCCACAACUUCCGGCACUGCUUCUGCGUGGCCCAGAUGAUGUACAGCAUGGUCUGGCUCUGCGGUCUCCAGGAGAAGUUUUCCCAAACGGAUAUCCUGAUCCUAAUGACAGCGGCCAUCUGCCACGAUCUGGACCAUCCCGGCUACAACAACACGUACCAGAUCAACGCCCGCACAGAGCUGGCAGUCCGCUACAAUGACAUCUCGCCGCUGGAGAACCACCACUGCGCCGUGGCCUUCCAGAUCCUCGCCCAGCCCGAGUGCAACAUCUUCUCCAGCGUCCCCCCCGAUGGCUUCAAGCAGAUCCGACAGGGAAUGAUCACGUUAAUCUUGGCCACUGACAUGGCAAGGCACGCAGAAAUUAUGGAUUCCUUCAAAGAGAAAAUGGAGAAUUUUGACUACAGCAAUGAGGAGCACAUGACCCUGCUGAAGAUGAUUUUGAUAAAAUGCUGUGAUAUCUCUAAUGAGGUCCGGCCAAUGGAAGUUGCAGAGCCUUGGGUGGACUGCUUAUUAGAGGAAUAUUUUAUGCAGAGCGAUCGCGAGAAGUCAGAAGGCCUCCCCGUCGCCCCGUUCAUGGACCGAGACAAAGUGACCAAGGCUACAGCCCAGAUUGGGUUCAUCAAGUUCGUCCUGAUCCCAAUGUUUGAAACAGUGACCAAGCUCUUCCCCAUGGUUGAGGAAAUCAUGCUGCAGCCACUUUGGGAAUCCCGAGAUCGCUACGAGGAACUGAAGCGGAUAGACGACGCCAUGAAAGAGUUACAGAAGAAGACUGACAGCUUGACGUCUGGGGCCACUGAGAAGUCCAUAGAGAGAAGCAGAGAUGUGAAAAGCAGUGAAGGAGACUGUACCUGAGGAAAGUGGGAACCGUGGCCACGGUUCUGGACACGCUGACGGAGCCACGCAGGAUCCUUGCACAGGGAGGAGCUGCCCGGGGCACCUGGCACCACACAACCACGUUUUCUAAGAACCAUUUUGUUCACUGAUACAAAAAAAAGGAAUUCAUGACGCUGUACAGAAUUUUAUUUUUAAACUGUCUUUUAAAUAAUAUAUUCUUCUAUGGAAAGGGGUACUGGACUUCUUCUUUGGUAGAGUUGUGUACGAAGGCUGCUUCCAGUAAGUUCUCUCGUGGAGACGAAGGACACUGUGCUUUUUCCCAGGUGUAUCUUAGAGCAAUUGACCAGUGUGACAUGGUGCGUACGUCCCUGUAAAUACAGCAUUAAAUGUCAGAACGGUGCCCUGAGUGCAAGGA